AUGCCAGAAAAACCUCCUCCCGCAUUGUAUAAGUAUGAUGGUUCAAUUGAUCUGGACGAUCAACUAAGGACGUUCAGUAACGCAAUGAAAUUCUAUAAAAACAGCGACCCGAUCAUGUGUAGAGCCUUCUCAUUAUCACUCAAGGAAGAGGCAUUGGAAUGGUACAACACUCUUCCUCCCAAGACAGUGGAUUGCUUCACCAAUGUAGAAACCCUCUUUAGGAGACAAUACGCAGCCAAUCAAAGACAGGAGAUAACACCGGCGGAAUUGGUAAACACCAAACAGGAGAAGGGUGAAACUUUGAAAGCCUUUAUGAAAAGGUACACUGAAACCGCACGACGAGUUAAAGAUGUUAAUCACAAUUUAUCAUCAGCAAUUUGCCUUCAUGCCUACGACCAGGAUAUUUUGCUGAAAAAUUGUAUAAGGAAUUCAAGGGAAAAACAACAGCAUGAAGCUUCUGCAGACGGAAUUAGAAAGGACGGCAGGCAAUCAUUCGGUGGCAACGACAAGGGAGGAGAUCCUCGACCAAAGGACUUCCCCCGAACGCCUAAAUUUGAUCAUUAUACAGCUGUUAAUGCGCCCAGGGCAAAAAUCCUUGAGGAAGCCCUUAGGACUGAACAUCUUUCGGUCAGAAAGCUUCAUUCACCUAAAAAUGUUGAUGAAGGAAAGCACUGUCAAUACCAUCAAAACCUGGGACAUACUACCGAAGAGUGUGUAACACUCAAAGAUAAGAUCGAACCACUUAUUCGUGCAGGUCAUCUCCGCAAAUACGUGAAGGAGGAACGGUCGCAGGUGAGGAACCCAUCAAGAAGAUCUCCACGGAGAAGUAUCGAAUGA